UGAUGAUUGGACAGAGACCAGAGAACCUCAGUCAGGUUUAAACUUUCUCAAUGAUGAUGAAGACCCUGUCAGUGACUUGACAUGUAGUAUUGACGAGAGAUCAUUUAGCUGCUCUGUAUGUGGGAAAAGAUUUGUAUGCAUGACAGAUGUUAAGAGACACAUGAGCACUCAUACGGAGGAAAAACCAUUUAGCUGCUCUGAGUGUGGGAAAGGAUUUGGUCGAAAAGCACUGCUGACAUCACAUAUGAGCAAUCAUACAGGAGAAAGGCCAUUUAGCUGCUCUCAGUGUGGGAAAAGAUUUUGUCAAAGUGGAGAUCUGAAGAAACACAUGAGCACUCACACAACAGAAAAACCAUUUUGCUGCUCUGAGUGUGGGAAAAGAUUUGGUCGAAAAGCACUGCUGACAGCACAUAUGAGCAAUCAUACAGGAGAAAGACCGUUUAGCUGCGGGGCUUGUGGGAAGCGAUUUCGUCAUAGUGGAGAUCUGAAGACACACAUGAGAUAUCAUACAGGAGAAAGACCAUUCAGCUGCUCUGAGUGUGGGAAAAGAUUUUCUCAAAAUAGUAAUCUGAGGACACACAUGAGAUCCCAUGCAGGAGAAAAACCAUUUAGCUGCUCUGAGUGUGGGAAGAGAUUUCGUAGUCGUGGAGGAGUGAGGAUACACAUGAGCACUCACACAGGAGAAAAACCAUUUAGCUGCUCUGAGUGUGGGAAAAGAUUUCCUCAAAGUGGAGAUGUGUGGGCACACAUAAGAACUCAUACAGGAGAAAAACCAUUUACCUGCUCUGAGUGUGGGAAAAGAUUUUCGCAAUCAGGUCAUCUGAAGACACACAUGAGAACUCAUACAGGAGAAAAACCAUGGAGCUGCACUGAGUGUGGGAAGAGAUUCCUGCUCAAAGGCACCUUAGUUAGUCACAUGAGAAUCCACACAGGAGAGAAACCUCUCAGCUGCCAUGUUUGUGACCAGAGAUUCACUUGGCCUCGCCAACUCAGAAACCAUCAGUGUGUUGGUUGUCAGUCCUCACAGUCUGAUCUGAGUCAAACUGAGGAGAACAGAGAGAUACACAAGGAAGGAGCACCACUAAGACCCAUCAUCAGCAGCAUCAACUCAGUCACGUACAACAUCUUGUAG